GAACCCUCUUCCCCGCGCAGCCCUGCACACCUUCAAAGCAGCCCGGGUGCUGGGCAAAGAGGACAGCAGCCUGGGACAGUGCGACAAAGCUGGCGAAUAUUUGCGAGAGAGCUUGGGUGGGAACUCAACUCCGAGUGCUAUUGACAGAGCAGUGCAGUUCCUUUUGUGCGACCUGCUCCUGAUCACUCGCACCAGGUUCUGGCAACAGCAGAUGCAGGGGGUGCCCCCGCACAGAGCCCGCUACCAGGCCUCUGCCCUCGAGCUGCGUGGCUUUCAACAGGACCUCAGCACUCUCCGGCGCUUGGCGCAAGCAGACCAGCCUGCAAUGCACAGGGUCUUCCUCCAUGAGGCAACUGCCCGACUGAUGACCCGAGCCAGCCCCACUCGGACCCACCAGUUGCUUGACCGAAGCCUCCGCAGGAGAGGACCUUCUACUACCAAAGGAGCUGGCGAGCAAGAGAGCCGCCCCACCGCCAGGGAACAAGCAGAAGCCUUGCAACUGGCCUGCUCCUACCUCCCCCCUGCGUUGCUUUUGGGACCAGGCCAAACGGGGGGCAUGCUGGCCGAGGCCGCACGCUCCCUGGAGAAGCUGGGCGACAAAUGGACCUUCCAUGAAUGCCAGCAGAUGAUUGUCCGGCUCAGCAGUGGCUCCACCGUCACUUCCAGCUAGAGAUUUGGAAGAGUCCUAGGAAGGAAGGAGGGGAGGGAGGCCCGGUGUGGCCCCACCGGUGUGGCUUGUGGCAGUGUUGGUGAAAGUGGCAGAGAGGCCUGGCAGAGCCUGGCAGGGGUGACUCUCUCUCUCACUCUCUCUGCUGAGGCAGAUCUGGUUGCUCAAGGAUGCUCAGCUAGCCCUUUCCUUCUUCUCCUCCUGCGUCUGAAUGGAUCUAGGCAUAUACAAGAGGAAACAAGCCAGCAUGGAAGAACUGGGUGGAUCUGGCUGGCUUCCCACUCUUCCCAGGGGAAGGGGGGUCUUCACAACUCUUGCGAGUCUCUUGGAUUUUAGGCUCCCCACGAUCAGGGUGCAUUUGGUGGGUAGGGUAGUUUCUCUUCACCUUUUGGAGACCAACCAGCUCUCAAUGUCUCGUAACAUCUGUCCAGCAGGUGAUGGCUUUGCCCUUCCAUCUUUCACAGCCAACUCCAUUCCUCCCCGGCUACCCCCACCUCUGCUUGACUUCCUCCCCCUCUUUGCUGGUGAUCCAUGCCCAUCUAUCUCUUUUGAAGCUUCUGGGCAGAGUCCAGCCUGGCAGGGGUUGUGGGUGGUUUCCAUCUGAUCUGUUGUGAAUUGCUUGGCGCUUGCUCAUUUCUCCCCAUCCCUUGAGGGCGUGGGAGUACAAUUCAGUGUAACCUCUGGUGGUGUUGUGUGGUGGCCUUUGGAUGAGCUUCAGUCAUGGACCUACCACCCUUGUGGUUGAGUCAAGUUCUCCUCUCUUGACAUAUCAACUGUGGCUCUUGGAAAGCAGCUGAAAAGAGGACCACCUUUUCUCUUCUCUUAAGGUGGGACUCAGGUGGAGAAGAAGCCCACUUUCAUGGAAGAGGACAUGCCAUGAAAAAGCUUAGUAGGAUUUUUAGAAAAAAGUUUCUAGAAGGAAAAUAGAAGGCAGACCUUGCGAGAGAUUCUCCGUUGUUCCACCCCUGGGGAAGCGAUCUGUUGAAAGCCACAGUUCCUUCUCUUACUCUAACCUUCUCCCCACUCCCACCCUGUACUGUAGCUU